GAUUGACAUAUCGGCUCAGAUCGGCUCGGCUCGGAUCAGCUCGGUCAACGUUUUAACGGCGCUGGCGGCUCGUGCGAAAGCGUUAGCCGGUGAUUCUGCCCCGGCGACCGAUAGCCCAGGGCAUCCAAUCCGCAUCCACCGCUCUAGUCUCCAAUCUCUGUUCCCUCUCUGCUUUAAAAGCCCCCCGCACACCGACGCCCGCGUUCGUCGACGAAGAGUCCCAACCUGCAUCCCUCCUCCUCAUAGGGUUUCCGUUCUCCCCGGAGGCAAUGGAGGCGCCGCUGAGGCCGUUGCGGCUUCGGUGCUCGGUCCAGAACUACGAUUGGGGACGCCGCGGGGAGGAUUCGACGGUGGCGCGUCUGUUCGAGCGGAACUCCGGCGCCGAGAUCGAUCCGUCUCGCCCUUACGCAGAGUUCUGGAUGGGCACGCACGAGUCGGGACCUUCCUUUACUGGCUCGGAUUCGGAGGAAGUUACACUUAAGAAGUGGAUUCGGGAGAACCCUGGUGCUCUGGGAGAUAAGGUCGUGGCGAAAUGGGGAACGGACCUGCCUUUCUUGUUCAAGAUAUUGUCUGUGGCUUCAGCAUUGUCCAUACAAGCGCACCCAGAUAAGGAGCUUGCAAGGAUGCUUCAUAGGAUGCGACCAAAUGUUUACAAGGACCCAAACCAUAAGCCAGAGAUGGCGAUUGCUUUGACAGAGUUCAAAGCGCUAUGUGGUUUUGUCAGCAUGGAGGAACUCAAGGAUGUCCUUAUCGGCGUGCCUGAAAUUGCAGAGCUGGUUGGUAAUGAUGAAACAAACAAAAUUAUAUGCAUGAGAGAGCUAAAUGGCUAUGUGAAUGCAAAAGCUGUUAUUCAGUCUGUCUUCACGAAGCUUAUGUCAGCAAAUAAAGAUGCAAUCUUGGCACUGGUUUCUAAACUAAAAAAUCGCUUAGAAGCAGAAAAUAAGAUUAGGAGGUUAUCAGAGAGAGAACAACUAGCACUACUUCUGGAGAAGCAAUAUCACGCUGAUGUUGGUGUUCUGGCAGCCUUUUUCCUCAAUUAUGUGAAGCUCAGCCCAGGUGAAGCGCUAUAUAUUGGUCCAAAUGAACCCCAUGCCUAUAUAUCAGGUGAAUGCAUUGAGUGUAUGGCUGCAUCAGAUAAUGUUGUGCGAGCUGGACUGACACCUAAGUACAUAGAUGUUCCAACACUUUGUUCAAUGCUCACAUACAAACAGGCCUUUCCUCAAAUUCUUCGAGGGAUUCAAUUAAACCCUUUUAUCACACGGUACACACCACCAUUUGACGAGUUUGAAGUUGAUUGUUGCAUUCUUCCAUCAAAAGAGUCCGUUGUUUUUUCUCCCAUACCAGGACCAUCGAUUUUCAUCAUUGUGACUGGAGAAGGCCGACUGCAGACAGGUUCUACAGAUGAAGAACGGGUCAUGGAGGGAGAUGUGUAUUUUGUGCCCGCUCACAAUGAGAUUCAUCUAAGUGCUGCCCCUGACAAACCUAUUCAUUUGUAUCGUUCUGGAGUGAACAGCAGGAUUUUUGGUUAGUGUAUUCUUCAUUUUUUUACUGCAAGGUUAAACGUUCUGAUAUCCAAUUCUAUUCAGUAAAUAUAUCUAUAUUCAAAUUUCAAUAAGAUGUAUAAGAGACAGACAAUUGGUAGUUGCUUUAUCCAUCUU